AUGCCCGCUUCAGCGCUGCUGACGCGUGGUCAGCUGGUGGAGAUCUCUGGGCUACAGGCACCAAUCGCGCCAUCAGAUCGCUGGAAGCAAGAUGGCGACAAGGGAGCGCGAGACUUCAAUGGCCAGCAGGGCCAGCUCAUUGACUUCACUGAGCAGACAGGCGAGUGGACCGUCGCUACAUUUUCGGCAGACAUGGUCUCGGUGCCUGAAUCGAACCUCAGGCCUUUGACUGCAGAAGACCUCCAGGAUUGCGAUAUUGCUUUGGGACCUGCGUCAGAUACCGGAGUUAUGGGGGCAGAGCUCACUGACAGCUUGUCACAGAAAGGGUAUGCCCUAUGCAAGCUGUUCAUCGCGCCGGAAGACUUGACGGAGAUGGUAAGCACUGCAGAUAGGUGUGUGGAGGGCGGAGCGUUUUCGCGACUUCCUCCUGAGCUUGAAACAGGCUACUUGGGCAAGGACGGUAAGGGGAAGACUUUGUCCGUUGAUCUGGAGAGCAGCGACACGGCUGACUUCCUUCGGGAGUCGCCGCUGAAGAUCUUCGAAGAUGCAAUAGAAACCGUUGGUACGCUGCUUCGACCUUUCGUAGAAGCCGAGCUUGGCUUUGACAUCUACAGUCGAAGCAGUACAAUGAUGUCACUGCCUUUCAGUGACGACGAGGACCUUUACUCUGCUCCUGAGCUCGAAAACGAAGAAGCUGCUAGCUUCCUCUCCAUGAUGUGGCGAGCAAAAGUCAUGAUCCUGCUCAAUUCAGGGCCUGGUGCCAGCACGUUGGCGCUGACCCCAAAGGCAAUCACAGACCAGGAUCCUGUGGAGCCGCAGCUGACAAUCCUGCCGGGGAUGCUCUGCAUCUUUAGCAUGGACAGGUACAAGUUUGCAUGCAGUUCGGAUGAGAAAGCUCUUUCCCUUUCAGCAUUCUUUCUGGAUGCUCCCCGCGAGUAUGUUAUUGACAACAUCACUGGGGACUUGACAUUCCUAACGGGCUCCAUCAGCGGGCCCUCGCAGCCCAAAACGGAGUCGGUGCCUGUAGUGUCGAUGGGCAUGCGAUACGCCUUUGGCGUAGAUGAACCGUGGAAAACCUGGGUCGCCUAUGCCAAAGCUGGCUGGGACACCAUAACCAGGCAUCCUACUGCAAGGUGGGACCCUGACUUCUACUAUGAUCCUGAUGCAGACCAGACGUCUGGCAAGUCUUACACUUGCCAUGGCGGCUUUUCUGAUGGCAUCGAACUUUUUGACUGUCGCUUCUUCGACAUAUCACCAGCCGAAGCCAGAGGUAUGGAUCCAACGCAGCGCCAGGUUUUGGAGGUUUCGUACAUCUCCUUGCAAGGGGCUGGCUGGUCGAAGAAGAGCUUGCAGGCCAAGCCUGCCAAUAUCGGCGUUUUUGUGGGGCUGGACAAGAAUGAGUGGAACAGUAUACCCAAGGAUAUCUCUGGUGGGUUUGCCGCAUCCAGUGGAGCCAAUGCCAUCACUGCCAAUCGCUUCAACUACUGCAUGAACCUGAAGGGUGCCAGCAUGACAAUCGACACAGCUUGUUCUGCUUCACUGGUCUGUACUCACACAGCUAAGCUGUAUUUGCUUCACAAGCAUUACGACCCUUGCGAGGCAGUGCUCAUCUGCGGCGUCAACCUAAGCUUGAGCCCAUUGACUUAUGUCAGCGGGUGCGGUGCAGGAAUGCACUCCCACCUGGGGCGGUGUUUCACAUACAACUUCUCAGCGGAUGGCUACACCCGGGGGGAGGCAACGGCAUCGACUGCCCUCAAGCUGAAGCCGUUUGAAAGGGAGCAGGGCGAGUACUGCGUCUUGGCAGGAAGUCAGGUCAAUCAGGACGGGCGGAGUGCAUCACUGACUGCUCCUAACGGACCAGCGCAGGAAAGAUGCGCCCAGGCUGUCAUGAAGGAGAUUGGCGUGAAGCCACCAGAGAUAGAUACCACGGAAUGCCACGGUACCGGCACAUCUCUGGGAGAUCCUAUUGAAAUCGGCGCCUACAGGAAGGUCAUGGCUUCAGUGCCAAGGCACGAACCUGUGGUGAUCACUUCGUCCAAAAGCAACAUUGGCCACUGUGAAGGCAGUGCUGGAAUCUCUGGAUUCUUGAAGUGCGUAUUGCUGAGCCUGUAUGGUGAGGCAACACCGAAUUGCCACCUGAACUGUCUCAAUCCGCACUUGGACAUGAGUGGGUUCCCGGGGAUCAUUACAACUGAGAACUUGACAUUUCGCGCGGAGGCCUCUUACAACGGCGUCUUGUCGUUUGGUUUCGGUGGCACCAACGCUUGCGCUACUGUAUGGGGCAUCAAUCAAAUGACGUCGAGAGGAGUUGGCACGAACAAGGACCUUUACAGUCUCUUCAUCAGGAAGAUGCAGGAUGCUCCUCCUCAAGAGGUCACCGUUGUCGGAGAUGACUGGGAGGACUGGGAGAUGGGUGGACCUGACAAGGACGCCAGGUUCAAUGACAUUUUUGAGGUUGAGCUCGAUCCUGAUGGCGUUGUGAGCUACUGGAAAAAGGACAAAGAGGUGCCUGACAUGGGUUGUCCUUAUUUCUUGACCGGCACUUUCAAUGAUUGGAAAUAUGAUGAAAUGGAGGCAGAUGCUAGUGUACCUGGACUCUUCUAUGCAACAAUCCGCAUCACCGCCAAUGUGGAAGAAGAGUUUCAGAUAGUAGCAGACAAAGAGCCCAAGAUGACUUUCCAUCCAUCGAGCAGGACAUCGAUGAAAUCCUCCGCUGUGCGCGGGCCAGAAGAGACAAAGAGGGAAAACUGCUGGUGCAUCAGAGGCAUCAAGGGCGAGAGGUAUCGCGUUGAGUUCUACAGAUCUGACACCGGCGCAGCAACGGUGUCCUGGCUGAGAGAGGCGUAG